AUGGAGGCAAACUCCUGCUGGGACAGCUGGGUUGAAGAAGCACUCUCAAAACUAGAGUCCCUUAAACUCUUGCGUUCUCUCAGACCCAUUUACCUCCCAAACUCACAAUUGAACUCCUCAAAUUCCUAUGAAAAUUUCGAAUUUUUCAGUGGCCCACACAAGUGGGACAGAAGUUCGGUUGAAGUAAUCAUUUCAGAAGCAACAUUCCAGAAAUGGCUCCAUGACAUCCCCAGUUUAGGGAAUGAUUACUUGGGCUUGAGUUCACACCCCACGGUUAGCAAUGCUGCAAUAAAGGCAGCCAGGGAACAUGGAAUGGGACCUAGAGGUUCUGCUUUAAUAUGUGGAUACACUAACUACCACAGAUUACUAGAGUCUUCCUUGGCAGACUUAAAAAGGAAGGAGGAUUGCCUUCUUUGUCCGACAGGCCUUUCAGCCAACAUGGCCUUUAUUACAGCAGUAGGAAAUGUUGGCUCACUGUUAGCUGGUGGUAAACCUUCAAGGACUGAAAGAAUUGCCAUAUUUUCUGAUGCUCUGAACCAUGCCUCAAUUAUUGACGGUAUUCGCCUUGCUGAAAAACAAGGAAGCGUAGUGGCCUUCGUAUACAAGCACUGUGAUAUGCACCAUCUUGAUGCAUUACUAUCAAAGUGCCCAAUGAAGAAAAGGGUUGUUGUAACUGAUAGCCUUUUUAGCAUGGAUGGAGACUUUGCACCAAUGACUGAGCUUGUUAAGCUCCGUACGCUAAGUAAGGCUGCAGGUUGCCAUGGUGGAUUCAUAGCAUGCAGCAAGAAGUGGAAGCUGCUUAUACAAUCACGGGGUCGUUCUUUCAUAUUUUCAACAUCAACACCGGUGCCUGUUGUUGCCGCUGCUCAUGCGGCUGUAAGUGUGGCAAAGGAGGAGAGAUGGCGUAGAAGAGCUAUCUGGAACCGAGUGAGAGACUUCCAAGCUUUGACGGGAAUCCCUGUCACAAGUCCUAUAAUUUCACUUGUUGUGGGCAGUGAAGAGAAGGCCAUACAAGCUAGCCGGCAUCUUUUGAAAUUAGGUUUUCACAUAACUGCAAUCAGGCCCCCAACAGUGCCACCAAACUCCUGCAGGUUAAGGAUAACUCUGAGCGCAGUACACACAUUGGAUGAUUUGAGAAAGCUCACAAAUGCAUUGUCUCAUUGCGUCAAUUUUCAGGAGAUCGAAUUCUUGUGCACAAACCUUAACUCCAAACUUUAG